AUGGCCCAAGAUAACUCUUCAAACAAGACCAUAGCAACAAAGCGUAGAGGCAGAUGCACCAGCUUCACAGAAGAUCAUCUGAAAAUCCUCACUGACACAUUCAACAAAACCCCUUACAUAGGUUAUGCUUCCAGACAAAGACUUGCUUUAGAAACCAACACCGAAGAGUUUACAAUCCAGUAUUGCUUUCAGAAUCGAAGAACUAGGCAUGGAUUCCAGAAAAAAUCAGAACCUGAGGAGCACUUAGAAUCAAGCCAAGACCGAGAUCACGCUGAAGAGAAGAUUCAAAGUAGAAAUGACAGACAGCCUCGCAUCAAGUACACUUGCCCCCAAUUACGCACCCUCAACAAGGCAUUUAUAGGCAACAAUUAUCCUGGGAGAGAUUCCAUAGAGAAACUUGCAAAAGAAAUUGGGGUCUCAGAGUCAAGAGUUAAAGUUUGGUUUCAAAAUCACAGAUCUAGUUGCUGUAUCCAAAGAAAAAAAGAAGCUAAUGAGGGCUUAGAACAAAGACAAAACCAGGGACAAGAUCUCUGCGAUGAGAGCCUUGAAGGUAUAGAAAGUACGUAG